AUGGCUGGGCGACCGCCUGGAGGAGGUUUCGAUACGGGACACUCGAAUAAUCGCGACGAUCUCCUACUCGACCUUGACAAUGAGCAGCCCAUCUACAACAAUGGCCAGCGCUCCAACCUUAACGAUGACGAUUUGAUGCGCUUUCACGAACAGAACCAAGAUCCCCCGCCAGGGCGGACCUCCGUGUCCUAUGAUGACUUCGUUGGCGCUCGGGAUGCGAAUCGUGCUUCAGCCUCACAGCCUGCCAACGGGUUAGGUGUACCUGGAUCUGCCCCCGGUUCGAAUCCUUACCUAACAAGACAAUACAGCCAGACUUCCGAACUUGGCAACUACCAACGCUAUGCCGAUGACUUUGAUGAUUAUCCUGUUGAUGGUGAUUCAUAUUACCACAACGACGGAAGCUCAAGAGUCGACGAAACCACCCCGGGCCUGGGCAGGAACGCUUCGCGAAACCGAAACAGCGUUAUGGGCUUGGGUUUUCUAGGUAAAGUGAAGAAUAAGUUGGGCAUGGGACAAGGAUACUCAGAAAUGGAUUUGCCUUUAACGGAGCCUGGCCAUGCGCGAGGAGAUUCUGUUGGAGGGAACUCCCAGCAACCGCCGCAGCAGGCCCAGAAGGGCAAAUUCGAUAUGGGCAAUUUCAAAUUUGGAUUCGGGCGAUCAAAGCCAGAUCCAUCGACCCUCGGUCCAAGAAUUAUCUUCCUCAACAACCCGCCCGCCAAUGCCGCCAACAAGUAUGUCGACAACCAUAUUUCAACGGCCAAGUACAACGUCGCAAGUUUCCUGCCGAAGUUCCUUUACGAACAGUUUUCAAAGUUCGCCAAUAUCUUCUUCUUAUUCACUGCAGCGCUUCAGCAAAUUCCUAACCUGUCACCUACAAACCCAUAUACGACCAUUGCGCCCCUCAUUGUAGUGCUUAUUAUCUCUGCGGUGAAGGAGUUGGUUGAAGAUUACCGCAGAAAGCAAGCCGACAAUGCUCUCAAUACCUCUAAAGCGCGGGUCCUCAGAGGCUCUUCUUUCGAGGAAAACAAAUGGAUCAACGUGGCUGUCGGAGACAUCAUAAGAGUAGAGUCAGAGGAACCUUUCCCUGCUGAUUUGGUUCUUUUGGCUAGUUCUGAACCCGAAGGUCUGUGUUAUAUCGAAACUGCAAACUUGGACGGCGAGACAAACCUCAAGAUCAAACAAGCCAUACCCGAAACUUCGUCUAUGGUUUCGCCAAACGAGCUUAGCAGACUAGGGGGCCGCAUUAAGUCGGAACAGCCCAACAGUAGUCUCUAUACAUAUGAAGCAACCUUGACAAUGCAGUCCGGAGGCGGAGAAAAGGAGUUUGCACUCAACCCAGAACAACUGCUUCUCAGAGGUGCUACGCUACGAAACACGCCGUGGGUUCACGGUGUCGUAGUGUUUACUGGCCACGAAACCAAACUCAUGCGAAACGCCACUGCCGCCCCUAUCAAGCGAACUAAGGUUGAAAGAAAGCUCAACAUGCUCGUCCUUCUACUGGUGGGCAUCUUGCUGAUUCUGAGUAUUGUGUGUACGGUUGGAGAUCUGAUCCAGCGAAAAGUCGAAGGAGAAGCUCUCUCAUAUCUUUAUCUGGACCCCACGAACACCGCAGGACAAAUCACUCAAACAUUCCUCAAGGAUAUGGUCACAUACUGGGUUUUGUUUUCGGCUUUGGUUCCUAUCUCUCUCUUCGUCACUGUGGAGCUGGUGAAGUACUGGCACGGAAUUCUAAUCAACGAUGACCUCGACAUGUACUACGACAAAAACGACACGCCUGCCACCUGCAGGACCUCAAGCUUGGUGGAAGAAUUAGGAAUGGUUGAAUACGUCUUCUCGGACAAGACUGGAACCCUCACCUGUAAUCAGAUGGAGUUCAAGCAGUGUUCGAUUGCUGGAAUCCAAUACUCUGAAGACGUACCGGAAGAUCGUCGCCCAACCAUGAUUGAUGGUGUGGAAGUUGGACUUUUUGACUACAAAGCCCUUAGAGGUAAUCUCGCCAACGGACACGAGACCGCCCCUGCUAUUGAUCACUUUUUGUCCCUACUUGCAACUUGCCAUACUGUCAUCCCGGAAAUGGACGAAAAGGGUGGUAUUAGAUACCAAGCUGCCUCCCCCGACGAAGGCGCUUUGGUCUCUGGCGCUUUGGAUCUUGGUUUCAAGUUUACUGCUCGAAAGCCCAGGUCGGUCAUCAUCGAAGCUAAUGGUAAAGAACUCGAGUACGAACUCCUCGCCGUUUGUGAGUUCAACUCGACCCGAAAGCGAAUGUCAACUAUCUAUCGAUGUCCUGAUGGCAAGAUCCGAUGUUAUUGUAAGGGUGCCGAUACCGUCAUUCUGGAACGUCUCAACGAUAUGAACCCUCAUACCGAAGUCACACUCCGACAUCUCGAAGAGUACGCUUCUGAAGGUCUACGAACUCUAUGCUUGGCUAUGCGAGAAGUUCCGGAACAAGAGUUCAAGGAAUGGUACAAGAUCUAUGAUGCUGCUCAGAUGACGGUUGGUGGUAACCGUGCAGAUGAAGUAGACAAGGCUUCGGAAAUUAUCGAGAAGGACUUCUUUCUGCUUGGUGCAACCGCCAUUGAGGAUCGUCUACAAGACGGUGUCCCAGAGACGAUUCAUACUCUACAGCAAGCUAACAUCAAGGUCUGGGUUUUGACUGGAGAUCGACAAGAGACCGCCAUCAACAUCGGUAUGAGUUGCAAGCUUCUCAGCGAGGACAUGAUGCUUCUGAUCAUCAACGAGGAAACGGCUGCCGCCACACGGGACAAUAUACAAAAGAAAACGGACGCCAUUAGGACUCAGGGGGACGGCACGAUAGAGACGGAAACCUUGGCCCUGAUCAUUGAUGGAAAGUCCUUGACAUUCGCGCUUGAAAAGGACUUGGAAAAGCUAUUCCUUGAUUUGGCCAUUAUGUGCAAAGCUGUCAUCUGCUGUCGUGUUUCUCCCCUGCAAAAGGCCCUUGUUGUCAAACUGGUCAAGAAGUACCAGAAAGAGUCUAUCCUUCUCGCUAUUGGCGACGGAGCAAAUGACGUCUCGAUGAUUCAGGCAGCUCAUAUUGGUAUCGGUAUUAGUGGUGAAGAAGGUCUACAGGCAGCGCGAAGUGCCGAUGUAGCCAUUGCCCAGUUCAGGUUUCUUCGAAAGCUACUGCUGGUCCAUGGCGCUUGGAGUUAUCAGCGUGUCACCAAGACAAUCUUGUACUCCUUCUACAAGAACAUUGCGCUGUAUAUGACACAGUUCUGGUAUACGUUCCAAAACGUCUUUUCUGGACAAGUUAUUUACGAAUCAUGGACGCUGUCCUUCUACAACGUCUUCUACACUGUCUUGCCCCCUCUAGCUCUUGGUAUCUUGGACCAGUUUAUCUCAGCCCGCCUUCUGGAUCGUUAUCCGCAGCUUUACAUGAUGGGCCAGCAAAACUACUUCUUCAGGCUCAAAGUCUUCUUGCAGUGGAUCGCCAACGCAAUCUACCACUCCAUCGUGCUUUACAUUUGGGGACAACUCUUCUGGUAUGGCGAUCUUAUUCAAGGAGAUGGCAAGAUUGCUGGCCAUUGGGUUUGGGGCACCGCGCUCUAUGGUGCUACUCUCCUUACAGUUCUUGGUAAGGCAGCCCUGGUCACCAACAACUGGACCAAGUACCACGUGCUCGCUAUUCCUGGCAGCAUGGCCAUUUGGUACGUGCUUACUGCCGUCUAUGGCAUCGUCGCCCCCAUGGCUGGUGUGUCUAUGGAGUAUCGGGGCACCAUCCCUAGGAUCUACGAAAGUCCUGUCUUCUGGCUACAGACGGUCUGCCUCGCCAUCAUGUGCUUGCUACGUGAUUUUGUCUGGAAAUAUGUGAAGCGUAUGUACCGACCCCAAACAUACCAUCACAUUCAGGAGAUCCAAAAGUACAAUAUCCAAGAUUAUCGACCCAGAAUGGAGCAAUUCCAAAAGGCUAUCCGAAAGGUGCGACAAGUGCAACGUAUGCGCAAGCAACGUGGAUAUGCCUUCUCGCAAGCAGACGAGAGUCAAACGCGUGUGCUCCAAGCAUACGACACUACCAAGCAUCGUGGACGAUAUGGUGAGAUGGCCAGUUCAAGACCAGCGGGCAGGUAA